GAAGAUCGAUUCUGAGCUGCCUCCAACCAACCACAGACACAGACACAGUCGUCGAAUCGAAGAAAGCGAAGAAGAAGAAGAAGGAAGGAAGGAAGGAGAAUAUGGGUGGAGGAAUGGAGACGAACAAGAACAAGUUCAUCGAGGAUUGGGGAUCCGCGAGGGAGAAUCUCGAGCAUAACUUCCGCUGGACCCGUCGCAACUUCGCUCUCAUCGGAAUCUUCGGCAUCGCCCUCCCCAUCAUCGUCUACAAGGGCAUCGUCAAAGACUUCCAUAUGCAAGACGAAGAUGCAGGCAGACCACAUAGAAAGUUCCUCUGAGCUUGUUUGCAGCAACAAACACUCUUCUGCAAAAUAUCUCAGCAGUUUGAUUUUUUCAAGAUGCUGAUACCUUUCUUUAUUUUUGCAUUUUAUUCAGAAUAAAAGAACAUCUGAAGGAUUAUAAUUUCUGUGUCGGAGAGUUUGUUUUGAUUGGCAAAUAAACAAAAACUUAAGGUCACCCAAUUUGACACUACUUUUGUGGAGUAUGCAGCAUUUUGCAAGUU